UGUGAGGUAACAAACUGGUGCGAUCUCCCGAAGGCCAACCCACACCGUCAGUGGCCACUGCUGCUGCGGCUUGCUGACGAGAUCCAUCCAUGGCCCAUGCUUUAUCACCGGGACUUUGCGGACUUUUGCAGCGGGCGGAUUGCGUUCUAAAACUUACAUGGCAUCACUCCUGCAGAUCAUCUAUUCUUUGCCAACAGAUGACCCUUCUUAGAAGUGACAAGAUAGCAGGAUGAUUUGAGAUGGGACCGACAGAUUGCCUGCUGCAGAGGCGGUGUUGACAAUCUGCCAGCGAAUCCUAGAGAACCUCCGAUUUUUCAUGGGCAAAGUGCGCGGCAGUGAGGGGAUACUAACGGACAGAUAGGCGGGUUUCUGGUCGCCUCGGCCCCCACCAGAUCGUCCCGAAUGCCAGGAUACCACAACCACAAGAAGAAGAAGUGCUGUUCACAACUGCCUUGCUCGUACCAGGACGUUUGGAACCGCUAGCAUGGCAGGGCACCAGACCCGGGGUUCGUACGCCGUUCUCCUGCUGGUCUGUCUCUUCUGGGUCCCGCGGACUAUCCGGGGGAAUACGUCUAAACAAGAGGGCCCGACACCAAGUGUGUUCUUGGACAAUCUACUGAAAAAGUACGACGCUAGAAUCCGACCGAACUUUAAAGGCGAUGCUGUGAACGUGUCUGUAGACAUCUUUGUGAACAGCUUUGGAUCAAUCGCCGAAACUACAAUGGAUUACCGGGUGAACAUUUUCCUGAGACAGCGCUGGAACGACCCGAGACUGAAGUUUAUGGAUUAUAACGAAAGUUUGAGUCUCGACACGAGUUUGCUGGCGAAGAUCUGGGUUCCUGACUUGUUCUUCGCGAACGAGAAGGGGGCAAACUUCCACCGAGUGACGACAGAAAACAAACUCCUGAGAAUCUCACCCGCCGGCGACAUCCUCUACAGUAUUAGGCUGACGCUAACACUUGCCUGCCCCAUGAGACUACAGAGGUUCCCGAUGGAUCGGCAGCAAUGCAACAUGCAGCUGGAAAGCUUUGGGUACAGCACGUCGGACUUGAAUUUUAGAUGGAAGAACGACAACCCGGUUCAACUGUCAGAAGAUCUGGAGCUCCCCCAGUUCAAGGUGGAAGGAUACACGCUGACGCGAUGUGAUAAGACCUACAACACAGGUAUCUUCACUUGUAUAGAAGCGCAGUUCAACCUUGUUCGUCAGAUGGGUUACUACCUCAUCCAGACGUACAUCCCCAGCCUGCUGAUUGUCAUCUUGUCCUGGGUCUCCUUCUGGAUCAAUAUGGACGCUGCUCCGGCCCGUGUGGCUCUAGGAAUAACCACAGUGCUCACCAUGACCACACAAAGCUCGGGCUCCCGGGCCCAGCUACCCAAAGUCUCGUACGUCAAGGCCAUCGACAUCUGGAUGGCCGUGUGCCUACUCUUCGUCUUCGCUGCGCUCUUGGAGUUCGCGGCGGUCAACUUCGUCUCCAGGCAAGACAAAGAACUCCUCAGGAUAAGGAGACGGAAACAAAAGAACAAGAAGUCACAGGACCACGACGAGAAAGACGGCCGGACUUUUAACUUUGCUGCGUACGGCAUGGGGCCUCAGCUGAACAAGGAUGGGGUCAAGAAGCCAGGCGACGGACAAAAUGCUGCCCAGGAGAAAAUAAGAACCAAAUACAUAGACAGAGCCAAGAAGAUUGACACCGUCUCCCGGGCAGCUUUCCCGAUGGCAUUUCUGGCUUUCAACGUGCUCUACUGGACAACGUAUCUCGUGCACUUAUGAUCAACGAAACGGACUCUUGAUACGCCUCUGUACACCGAGAUAGAAUAUACAGCAAGGAGGGGAAAUUAAUGACUCUGGCUUAAUGAAGCGGACUGGCUUGUGCCAGAUGCUACCCGGGGCUCACCGGUGCACCAACGUAACCCACCCGGCUGCGACAGGCACAACGUACUAACUACGUUCUGUACAUAAUCGACAUGCAGACACCCAGAACACAAGAAGUAGAUCAUCACUGAACGCCGUCUACAUUUGGGUGUCUUACGUACUCUUCAGUUCUUCAGUUACUGGUCAGGGUGCAGCCGUCCUUGCCCACUCCUUCUGCCGACAAAUACAGACACGAAAGGAAUACUAAACGAGUAUCGAUCAUGACUAUGCCAUUAAUGGGCUGAAGAUGAGUUAGACAGAAAGAGAUAUAAAUUCCACCUCAAACUUUUGGUAAUGAUACAGAAAGAAUAGCACCUCCUGUUGGGACAAUGAGCCACCAAGCAUCUUGAAUUCCCAAACGUUUUAAGUUGCGACUGUCACAAACUCUGUACAAGAAGCCUUGAAGAAACAGAGACUCUACACAAAAGUCGGUCGGACCCAUUUGCUUUUUCUCCAUCGCAGCUGAAAAACUGCCUGAAGCAAACUGAUUUCAGCAAAGCCUGCAAACACAACGGUACGGCAUAGCAUCUUAUUAUUGAACCUCCCAACAGAAAUACUCCGAAAUGUCACUCGAAGACCGCUAGCUACCCCCGGUGAUUGCAAGCUUCAACAUAUCGUUUUCAAGACAAGCACACCGUUUGUGUGGUGAAUAGAAAGGUUGGAACCUUAGAAUAGAAAAUUCAGGACCUUAUCUCUACUCCACAGGACCUCUUCAUCUUCAGGUCUAAAGGGAUCAGCUGGUAAGCUUCAGCAGGCAGCAUCCACGUUGCCCACCGAGCAAAGGUGACAUUGAAGUGCAACUUGCCCGUUGACCCAGAGACAACUUCAGUUCUUAUCAUCCCCAUGAGGUGUAUGGUUUAGCCAAGUAUCUAAGCCAGCAUUUCUACUUAUUUCUGUAUCAACAAACACCAGCUGCCGUUUUCUACAAACUGGCGCGUCCCAAAGUCGUCCAAACUGUCAACAGAGACAUAACUUGAUACGGAGGACCCACUGGAAGUGGUGAUCAGGUCAGAUAUCCCACAGCUUUAGAGCAAAAGGCAGAAUGGCAAGUCAAUAAUUCAAUUGCGUUACUCUACUUGACUACGAAGACGACUGAACAAAUUCCAAGUUGUCUACAAUGUGUAGGUAUCCAUGAGGGGGGAGGGUUAUUCUGAACAAUCGGUGGAAGUAAAAGUUCAACUGCGGUGAUAAAGAGCAACGAAUGUAAAUCGUCAAGCACUGUCGACUCAUAAGUACACGAGAUUAAAUACUUACUGAUAAGUCUUUAAUGUAGGAUUGUAUUCUGCGGUACGUUGUACAGUGGACGGUAUCUUUGUAACGCAUGGUGACAGAAGAAGACUCUACGGCACAACGUUCACAUUAUAGGUCUAACUGUAUACUUUCCACAAUAAUGUAUUAAGCAAAUGAAGAAUUUGCAACGAGGAUAGAUUUGUAAACCUUUUAACUGAAGUAUGUAAAUGUUGAUGUAAGAAAUUAGCCAUAAGCAUAACUUCAGGAACAAAUAGUGGAAAAGACAUUGCCUCCGUGCAUCCUAUGGCUGUAAAUGUAGCCGUGACACAGUGACAACAACUAUGAAGUCACAGAGAACGUAAUACUACCAGAGUCCCUUAGGAUGAGAACAGUUGGUGGUCAUUCAAGUGCAUUUCUUGUGCAUGGAACCCUUCUACAACUAACAAAUAGAAGUAAAAUCACUAAGCGGUGUGGGUGUAGUCAAAGUAAUCACCAAUACACCAUAAAAGCUUCACUAGACUCAGUAGUAUAAAAUUGAAGCAAUACACGCAGUGUUUGAACAGUAGAUAAAUGGUAAAAUCACUACAAGUUCUCUUGGAUUUUGUAAUGUAGUAGUUUAAAAUGAUUUGUAUUAUUAUGAGACAAAUGUUAAUAACCUGCUAAUGAACCCAACUGUAUUUUGUCUUUUGUUGUUGUU